AAUAAAAGGUCGUGCUAAUCACUUUUUGAAAGAGUGUGGUAGUAUUUCUGUAGGUACCUGACUGUUGUCCAUAUUUUGUAAAAGUUUUAGAUUUCAAACAAACAUGAAGACUGUAUUCGGUGCAAGCGUUUUAGUAAUCUGCCUUUCUGCAGUAUAUGGUUUAGUCGAUGUAAAAGAAUUUAGCCCAAAAUUAUUGGCACUGACGAAAUCUCUGCAUACUACUUGUUUAGCUCAAUCUGGGUGUAAUGAAGCACAAAUUGCUUUAAUGAAGGCAGGAAAUUUAAAAAAUCCUACAGUUAGCGAAAAGAAAUACGUCAGUUGUUUAUGGACAUCAUCAGGACUUUUGAAUUCAAAAUUGGAAACAAACCGAGCACUAUUAGAAGAACUAAUGCCUGCUAGUAUAGCGUCAACAGAAACCCCCAUAUACCUCACCUGCAUAGAGGAAACCAAAAAACAAGUACAAUUAACAGUGCUCGAUGACCAAUGUUGGUUCCUUAUGAAUUGUAUUCACGAUGCAUCUCCAGGAAAUUUCAUCAUGUUUUAAACCAGGCUCAUAAUAUGACAAGAUACUUUUGCUUUUAAAUGUUUGAUUUUAAUAUAUAAUAUAUGUGACUUACAAUUUUUCAAA